UCUUGUCAGUUUGCACGCAAUUAUCAUGGAAAAUCAGUCGUCGUCCAACAAAAGUGAGUGACUUCUUAAGUAGUGUUGUGUUAAUUAAUGUGAUACAUUUUGUCAUAAUAGUUCUUUUAAUUUAUUUCUCCCCUUUUAUUUUCUUUUAGUGCCCGGAAAGGAAUGCAAGUCAAAUUUAGUGAACUUUUUCCUGACGCUGCAGGGCCUUGCGGCGUCCGUUUACUACUCCGUGGAGGAAAUGGAGUUUUUGGAGGAGAUGGCGCGGCCAGGUCGACCCAAAAAAGGGGUUAUAAGGGACACAACAAUUGACAAGAAGGUCAGAUUGAGGCAGUUGAGAGGAUUAAAGGAGGAAAUAAAGGAAAACUCUGGGACAAUGACAUCGAUGUUUAAUUCCUUAUUUCGACCAGCUCGUCCCAUAGGCUGUUUUUGUGGCGAAUGCGAAAUUCCUCUUCCUCCGGCCAAAAGGGCGCGAGUUUCCAUGGAAGUUGACAAGGGAGAGGGACCAGGGCCAUGGUAUGGCUACAGGAAGGAGCUAUGGAAACAAUCGAUCCACAACCUGGCCCUUCUUUCCAGCCACAAACCGGCCCAUCUUGGCAACCUCAGCCAGGCCCGUCUCGACAAUCUCAGCCCGACCAACUUUGGCAACCAUGGACAGAAUCCUCUUGGCAGCCACAAUCUGGCCCAAAAUUGGAACCUUGUCCUAGCCCAUCUGCUGAGCCACAUCCUAUGA